AUGACUCGCAUGACUCGCUCGCGUAAGAGGAACUCCAAUGAGGAGUUGGUGGCACCACCAACACUCGCUCCAAAGAGAGUGCGCCGGAUGAACAUGCUACGCGCCAAGACAGUCUCAAAGGACAACGAGGCGCUCUACAAGCAGAAUGCCGAGAACUCAUCGCUCCUCCGCCUACCUCCAGAUGUACGCAACCGUAUCUGGGGCUUUUUGCUCGGUGGAAAGACCGUCCACAUGUACUUACCACAUUCACUAUGGGAGAGAAGCGUCCGCCGGCCUUGUCACUCAAUCUGCUCCUCCUCCACCGAUGAUGCCGCUGAAGCUCGGCAGAUCAUUAGGUAUAACGAAGGCUUAGGCACGUCUGAGGGUUUCAAGCUCUACAGCGACCGCCAUUCCGACUGCAGUCUUGACGGAGAGCUUCGAAACCCCUUGCCGGUGCAAAUUCUUGCAACCUGUCGCCAGAUCCACCAGGAAGCAGCUUUGUUGCCAUUCCACCAGAACCACUUCGAGUUCGCAGUGUUUGCGGAUAUUGCGUGGUUCGCCAAAACCCUGUUUCCCGCUCAGACUCAUGCCAUUCGAUCGGUCGUUUUGAGCCACGCCCACUCAAUGUACUACACGAGCACCUUUGACAAGCUCGUCAAGAGCAAGCUUCGCGGUCUCACGCAGUUCACCUGCUUCAUGCCUGGCUUCGACAGAGAUCUAUGUGGUGGAGGAGAAGAAUGGAGGCUCAGGUUCGUGCAGAAGGUGGAGGAGUCACUCCUGCAAUUUCAGGGAUGCCCGAUCCAGUUCGCAUCGGUGGCAGUCUUCGAAGCCCCGUACAAGAGUCAAAAGACUAGUCGCAGUACUGACGGCAGAGUAAUAGUCGAAUGGUCUUCGCGCAUGGAGCGGGCGCUCAUGUCCACCAACGCUGAUUAA